AUGCAAGGAAUCUCCCUUGAUACGGAUACUCUCUCCCAGAUGGCAAAUGCCCUCGCGUCGAAUCAAGAGCAUCCCAGGGAACCCCCUCUAGAACCCGAAGAGGUCGAUGGACUCCCUAUCGAUGACGAAGCAUGUACAAUUGACCCGGUUGAAGAUACUACAACUCAUUAUUCUGGGGAAUUCUCAUACUGGAACUUUUCCAUGCGCAUCAAACACCAGAUUGAACAUCAAACCCGGCGAUCACUUGCUCAGCACACUCGUAAUGCCGAUCAGCGGGUCUUUGAGUACUGGCGAGCGCAACAACUACGUUCUGGCCAGAGUCACCUAUCCGCCGCCAUUUCCUCCUGUCCGCCACGACAAAUAGCCAGGUUUCUGGCUAACACCUUUUUCAAGUACGCUGAAACACAUUACUUUUUUGUCCAAAAGAGGUGGUUCUUCGAGAACCUCAACGUGCUUUAUAGCGACCCUGGCAGCUUUGGUAGGAAGGGUGCUGCUGUCAUAAGCAUUUUGCUUACCGUAUUCGCGGUUGGGACACAGUAUGCGUACUUGGACUCGCCCAGUCACAAUACAACGAGCGAUGGAGACUUCUCGGAAGAUGACAUUGGUGCCAACUUCUAUCAGAAUGCGGUCCGACUAUUACCUGAAAUUAUCGAAUCGUCUUGUUUAGAAAGCGUUCAGGCAUGCCUACUCUUCGGGUUUUACUCAUUGCCAAUUGAUGCGUCCGGCCUCGGCUAUAUCUAUAUCAACCUCGCCGUGCGACUCGCUAUGCAGAAUGGUAUGCAUCGGAAGUGUAAAAGUGACGUGUUCAACCCAGAUAUGAUUGAGACGCGGAAUCGCACAAUGGUUGUAUGGACUGAGUACAAAGCUGAUCGCGGGUUCGCAGAAAAGUAUCUAUUUUCCACGGGCGACCUUUAUCCGUUCUGCGAUCAGAUGUCGACACAGAUGUCCCCGAGUAUCGCGAAGGGAUGCACAUCGAACAUCCUCCUUGGAAUAUUGCACGCGCUGUCACAUCUGUCCAACUUAUCCAUUUUCUUGAAGACUUCUUCCAUGAAUUGUGAGCGCCGAAUCCACCCGUUAGACUUAGUACUGCAAAACACUGACGUUGGGUCUAGAUCUCUCCUGCGACAUUGUGAAAAGAAAGCAGUACCGAAUAUCUUGGCUCGUUUGUGGGACAAGAAACGCGCUAUGGCAGAUUGGUGGGAUUCAAUGCCACAAGAUGUACUUGGUGGCUCAAGUCAACCACAGAAUCUAAGCCGCGCUGCAGUGCAUCUGCGCCUUGAGUAUUGUCUAGUCAAUAUGUUUAUCGGACGGCCAUUUCUCCUUAGAGACCGGACCACACAAUCCCCCCGAAGCUCUCCAGCUGGACCAGAAUUCACAAGUACAGGAGGCGAAAAUGGCGAGGGCUCCAGUCCAAAGCAGACAUCUAGUACACAGAGUCUCGUCAAGGACUGCACAGAGGCUGCAACGGAGGUGAUUCGACUUUGUCAAAUACUGCAAAACAAUGGUCCGGGUCUCGCCAGAGCUUCCUACAUUGAAUACAGUUCGUGUCGGGCCUCACUACUAGUGUUGAUCGCCUACUCCAUCCAGAACCGUUCGGCGGAGUACCACAAAACACUACAAGACGGGCUGGAUAUGAUCCGCGAAAUGGCAGCCUCUGGGGACUCGGCACGAUCGGAGGUGGCGCUAAUUGAGGCGCUGGAACGAGCUCUUGCUCGUUUGCAUUCCGAAGCACAACCUACACAGCCGAGUGAUUUCCCCUCAGAGACAAUACCUACGAUGUCAGACUAUGAAGCAUUCAAGCAAUGGGGAUCAUCCUGGAGGAGCGGUGGGGCACUGAAUAUGUGCGACAAUGUUGCUGUCCCUGAAACAACUGCUGUAGUGUCAGCCGGCUCUGCACUGCCGCCUGUGAACUCGGAUCCCAACUCGGUUGGUUAUAUGGAGCCUCUGAAUCUCACUGCGUCAUCAAAUGAGUCCCGUCGAGAUAUGCAGAUGGACGCCCUCAAUGCGUGGGACCCGGUCAAUGAGUUAUCCAUCUUUGGUGCCGGCAAUCUAGCACUGUCAUCGGCAUGGCCGACACAGACAGAAACGCAAGUGCUUGAGCAAUUCCUUGCCGUGCCCGAGGCUGGCUUCGUGCCUCGUCUUGAAGCCGAUCGCCACGGUGGUUUCGCACAAAUGUUUCCCUACCGAGCGUCCCAAGACGCCAGGACAUCUCCACGCUGA